ACCCUGACCUACAGAUCCACAUUGGUCCACCGGAAGGUGUAAAACACUUUUAAUUCCUCAACGCUGAUGUCUGUAAAGUCGAAAUUUAUGUAAAAUAUGGCGGGGAUUGUGUGUCAUACCGUAAGCCGGAUUUUAUCAAGUCAAGCAUCAUGUAGCAGUUCUGUGGUUGCUGUCAGACACAGUCACUGGUUCACAUCAGUGCUUUCCUUGAAAACCUCAAUGCCGUUAAGAGCAGAACCCAAGAAAAAGAAGAAGGUGGAUCCACGUCGAGAGAUAAUGAUGAAAGAACGUCUUAAGAAGAAGCUCAAAAGACUUGAGAGAGUUCCACCAGAACUGAUUCCCAUUGAAGACUUUAUUACACCAGCCAAGUGCUUUGACGAGACCAGGAUCCGUGACGCUCCUAAACUCUCUUUUGAGGAGAGCGAGCGCAGAGCCCUUCUGCUGAAGGAAUGGUCCAGAUACAAGUACGCCCAGCACCAGACAGAGAUGGACACCAUCAAUGAAGCGCUGGAAGCCCAAAGACAAGCACUGGACGAGCUGAAGCUGGAGUCAGAAGAGCUUUAUAAAGCAGCGGUCAGCCCAGAUACAGACAUAUUCCCUUUCCAGCAUGAGGGACCCAGUUACACACCUCCCAUUACAAACUAUGAGGCUCCAGAAGGCAAAUACAACGACAUUACACGAGUUUACACACAGUGAGGGCUUGAGAAUAAAUAAAAGUGGUGUUUUUCUGGUCUGAUGACUGCUGGCAAAGAGAUCAAAGAGAAGUGGACUGUGAAAAAGAUGACAUUUGACUUUAUUACUGUGUUGUGAAUCGUUGUUUUUCAUCUGUUUAAUUAAAUCAGGUUGCAAAUGAAUAGUUGUCAACACCAAUUACAGCAACUCAAUAAAAAUAAAAAAAAGUUUGCAAUUCUU